AUGGAGGUUUCCACAGGCUGCCCGUUUUCGGAGGAUAGCUUCACCCGCUUCUCGUCGCAGAGCAACGUCUAUGGGCUGGCGGCGUUGCCAGGGCAGGAGGACCCCUCUUGUGGGGCAGGGAAAGGGCAAGAGGAGAUGGAGGGAGUCGCUGGGGGGCUCCUGGCUGCCACCCUGAAGGGCAAAGUGAUUCACUUCCGCUACCAAGACCUGAGGCAGAAGCUGAGGCCGGUUGCCAGGGAGUUACAGUUCACCUACAUCCCAGUUGAUGCUGAGAUUGUGUCUAUUGACACUUUCAACAAGUCGCCCCCUAAAAGGGGCCUAGUGGUGGGGAUUACCUUCAUUAAAGAUUCUGGAGACAAGGCCAGUCCCUUCCUCAAUAUUUAUUGUGACUAUGAACCAGGCUCAGAAUAUAACCUAGAUUCCAUUGCACAGAGCUGCUUGAACCUGGAGUUGCAGUUUACCCCUUUCCAGCUCUAUCAUGCAGAAGUUCAGGUUGGUGGCCAGCCAGAGACGGUCUUCCUUCUGAGUGGGAAUGACCCUGCUAUUCACUUAUACAAAGAGAAUGAAGAAUUGCACCAGUUUGAGGAGCAGCCGGUAGAGAACCUCUUUCCCGAACUCAAAGAGCUGCCAAGCAAUGUGUUGUGGCUGGAUGUAUACAACAUCCCGAACUCAGGGAAGCGCCUCACAGCCUUUGGCUGCCAGAGUGGCUAUGUCCGAGUCGCCCAUGUUGAACACUCCAGCCAAGUGGUCCUGCAGAGUUGGAGCAUCCAGCAAGAUGGGCCCAUUUCCAAAGUGCUGGUCUUUGCCCAGCCCAUGGGAUCCUGUCUGGAAGAUCUCUCUGGAACCACACCUGUAAAUGGUAGCAUUAGCAGCCAUGCUCAGAGCUACAGUGUCCUUGUAACCAGCACUAUUGAGCUAUCGGUUGUCUACAGAAAUGUCUUACAGCGGGGCCUUGAAGACCAGUUGAUCCUGCCUUUGAGUGAUCACUAUGACAGUGUGAUCUGUGCCCUUGUGACUGAUAUUGACUUUGACUAUGAGCCUGAGAUCCUCCUUGGCACUUAUGGACAGGAGCUUUUGUGCUACAAGUAUCGGCUCUCAAAAGGCCAGUCAGCUGGCAUAUCAAGAUACCCUUCCUGCAGUCAGUCUGAAGGGGAGUUUCACCUACUCUGGCAGCGCACUUUCCCCAGUCCGCUCUUGUCCAUGGAAUAUGUGGACCUCACCUACGAUGGGCUUUGUGAGCUGGCGGUGGUGUGCUUGAAGGGGCUGCAUAUUCUCCAGCACAGCCUCACACAGGUAGCCCAGUGUCUCUUAGAACGGCUUCGGUUGAAAGUGGCAAACCAGAAGGCCCAGGAGAGCACUGCUGCGCACCUCCAGGAUCCCAAAGCUGAGGACGAGAAAGAUUCAAAAGAGUGAUGAAAGUGGCUGAGCCGUUAUUGUUUGAUGGAAGAAGAAAUAGAUGACUUCAGAUUGCCAUGGCUUUCCAGAGGAGUCAUAGGAGGGAACUUGAACCAAACUGGUAGCCAUGGCCAGAGAGAGAUGACGGGAUGCAGUGACAUUUCUGGAGCGCCUCUUCAUGUAUAACGGUAGCCAAACAGGAAGUGGUGCCUCUUGGACACACGAAGUAAUCCUCUGGUGCGAUUCGUCGUGCAGACUCUUGUCAUUCUUACCUUCACGGCCAACUUGAUUUGACUGAAGACCUUGUAAAUAAGGAAUAAACUUUGUAUUAUGA